AUGGAAGACACUGAAGAUUGGGAAGCAUCUGUUUACUUGAUUCAUGAACCCACGACUCCUGUAUCCUCGACUCUUGUAUCCUCGCCUCCUGUAUCCUCGACUCUUGUCCGUGCAGUGACACAAAUGAUAGGCUGUUCAAGUAUUAUCCUCCUACCCGGUGAUACUCGCCCUCUCGUUCUACGACCGGGAUUAUCUCCAAUCCCUGCUAUCCUUCAAGGAAGCGUGACCGACAAUGGCGCAUCCGAUGAGGGGUCAAAUGGUCCGUGGGCGGAACAGAUUAUCUAUCUUAGAGCCCUAUCCACAUAUCUAGACGGAUUGGGUAAUACAACUGCGCACACAGUGGACAAUGACAAAGAAGGGGAUUUACUACUGGAUAUCACCAUUGGCAUAUCACCCGGUCAUCACCAGUAUCCCGAGUUUCUGAAGAAAAGCCACUACCAUCCGAUUCUCCAUGGGGUUAUGAUCCCCUGUUCAAAGCUCGGAGAUCCUAAUUCGCUGUCCUGUAUUGUUGUAUGCCCAACACUGACCAUGGCCAUAUUACAAGACGCUGAAAUGAUGCGGUUUGAGAUGGAUCCGACUCGCAAGCUUGAACCUGACGACUUGAAAACGGUUCAGGGGGUGGUAAACAUGUCAGUGCCCUCCUUUUGUUCAGUAGUGCCAAUGUCAAAGCUCUGA